AUGAUCCCAAGCAAUGAGGAGCUGUUCGCUUCGUUCCCGGCAGACGUUCCAACUGCGCCACUGGUAACUAUCAGCUUGAAGAAAAUAGUAUCCGACGAUGUGCACGAGAGAGAGAGGCUAUUCGAAGCGAGCAAGUCCUUGGGGUUCUUCUAUCUCGAUUUGCGAGAAUGUACCGAUGGCGAAUCUUUAUUAAAGGGCUCGGACAAGAUGUUCGACCUGAACGAGAAGUUUUAUCACCUGCCGAUCGAUGAAAAGAGAAAAUAUGACUUCGCGGCAAAGGGAAUGUACUUCGGUUAUAAGGGUAUUGGAGCUGAAGUCAUCGACGGGAAGGGUACGAAAGAUAAGAACGAAAUCUACAAUAUUUCAAAGGACGAUAUUCUCUCAAUCAGCGAUCCUCUCCCCGCGCCUGAGCUCAUUAACAGCAAUCGACCGAACCUAUCAUCAUACAUUCACGCCAACAAUGCAGUCCUCACAACACUUUUUACCUCUCUCGCUACAUCUUUGCAGCUGCCCGACUCGACGUUCACUUCUCUUCACCGAAUUGGCUCCCCUUCAGGCUGCCACAUUCGCUUCAUACGAACACCACCCCAACCGGCGAAUGAACGUUCUCUUGCCCUCGGAGAGCACACCGAUUUCGGUAGCCUGACUAUCCUCUUCAAUCGUAUCGGCGGUCUGCAAGUUCGUCUCCCUGACACUUCAAGCUGGGUGUAUGUGCGACCUAUGCCCGGCUGCGCCAUCAUCAAUCUAGGCGACGCGAUGGUCAAGUUCAGCGCAGGAAUAUUGCGCAGCAACAUGCAUCGCGUUGUAGCGCCGCCUGGCGCUCAAGAGGAAAUGGUGCGCUACAGCCUAGUUUACUUCUCACGACCAGAGUACGAUGUCAAGAUGAAAAGGGUUGAUGGCGGGCUAGUCGGCCAAGUGGCAACAGACGCAGAAACCGAAGGUGAGAGCACGAGAGACUGGCUUAAAAGGAGGCAUCAAGGUAGAAAAGUGCAGUUCUUCAAGGGUGCAGAGAGCUGGGAGGGUGCCAUGGGAACAGAAGCGAAGCCACAGAUCGCAGUGUAG